AUGAGUAAUGAAGCAAGAAUUAGUCCUAUCAAAAAAUUUGUAAUAAAAUUCGCUAGGAGUAAGAUGCCGAAUAAUUUAUUUAUUUAUUUUUAAUGUAAAUUAUGUAUUUAUUUGCUGCAUCUAAGAUAAGUGUUUUUUGUUUAUAUAGGUAAUUAAAUAAAUAAAUAUUAUUAAUAAUUAAUAACAAACAAUCAAAAAAUUAAAAAAUAAGCAGAAACAAGCUGUUUGUUUGUUUAUUUAAUUCUUAAUUUCAUAACAAAAUUCACAAUCAAGACUAAAAUUACCAUGGAAGACUAUAUCUCUCUUAUCCAUCAAUAAUCUACAGGUGUUAGCCAAUCUCUAUACGAUGAUGGAACCGAAGAAAUGAAAUACAAGUGUAGUCUUUAUAAGAUGAAAAAACAAAGAGUAAAAGUCAAUGUUGAUUUUGUUAUUACAAACAAGGCAAUUUACAACUACUAAGAUGAAAAUCAAAUUCUCAGAAUAAUACUUACUGACAUUACCUAAAUUAUUGUUAAUCGCCAUGGAUAGGAGUUCAUGAUUGCCUAAGGGGAUAAUCAAGAAGAUUUGAGAUAUAAAUUUGAAUAGCGCGAUCUCCUUUUGAGUUACUUGCUAUAGUCAUACACUGAUCUAGCAAAGAACAAGCUUUUGAUGAUUAUUGUGGAUGACAAAUAACUGCACCCAUAUUAAAAACAAUUCAAGUCAAAGAAAAGAAUUAGUAAGAAUUCAUCUAAAGAUUAAUCAAAUACCUUUAACAACAAUGAAGGUUUUUGCAGUAGCUAAAAGUCAGCUUUAAGUAAAUACUACACAAACCCCAAUUUAGACAACUGUGAAAAAUUAUUUAUGAAUCAUUUGGAAUAUGAAGAGAAAUUUUCAGUGAAAAGAAUGGAUGAUCUUAGUGUUUCAUCAUCACCUAUUAUAAAAUCUUAAAUGAUACAGCAAAAUAUUUAAGAGGACCCUUUGUAGCCUCCAUUUCAAAUCAAGGAGAGACAAUAUUGCUUGGAGGAUUUUGUAUUUUAUAAAAUUCUUGGCUAAGGAGCUUUUGGAGUAGUCUUUUUAUCAAUUGAUAAGCAAACAAAUGAAGAAGUAGCUGUAAAAAUGAUCAGCAAGCACGAAAUCGAAAUAAAAAAACAAAGAGACCACACUUAAACUGAAAAGCUUAUUUUAGAGCACAUCAAACACCCCUUUUUAAUCAACGUUCUUGGCACAUUCUAAGAUGUAAAAAACAUAUAUUUCGUUAUGAAAGUGCUCAAAGGAGGAGAACUCUUUUAGCAUCUCAAAACAUAGAGGUUUUUUGCUGAAGAAAGAGUUAAAUUCUAUGCAGCGUAAAUGAUCCUUGCAUUAGAACACUUGCAUUCCUUCAAUAUAAUUUAUCGUGAUCUGAAGCUAGAAAAUAUUCUUUUAGACGAAGAAGGAUAUUUGUGCUUAACUGAUUUUGGACUUGCCAAAAUUCUAUCAGAUACAGAUACUGCUUUGACUUUCUGCGGGACUCCUGAAUAUUUAAGUCCUGAAACAAUAAAAGGAUUUGGAAGUUCCAAAGCGUCAGACUGGUGGAGUUUAGGCACUUUAUUAUAUGAAAUGCUCUUUAGCAUGCCUCCUUUCUACCAUAAACAGCAUAAAUAAAUGUUCUAAAAAAUAGUCUUUGAAGAGCUCCAGUUUAAUCCUAAUAUGCAAGUCUCAUCUUAAGCAAAGGACUUGAUUGGAAGACUUCUUUGCAAGGAUCCUAGAAUAAGGCUAGGAAGCUGUGAAGGAGCCUCCGAAUUGAAAAAUCACCCUUGGUUCGAAGAUGUAGACUGGGAUGCACUCUACAAAAGAUAAGUUUAAGCUCCUUUCAAGCCUGUGACAAAUCAAGAAUGCUGGCUUGGAUACUUCGACUAAGAAUUUGUUAGCAAACCGAUAAAUAAUUUUUUUAAAUAAAUCUACGAUUUCAAUGACUUAGAUUGUUAUGAGACUUUCUAAUACUACUGA